GCGAUUGAGUGCGCAUGCGCCCGAAAGUAUUCUCUAUGCUACGUGGGCGGCCCAGGCGAUAAAGGACAAGAGUCUCGGCCAAAGGACAUACAUAUCUAGACGUUUCACGUACGCGUAUUAUUCAACCAAUUUUGUUGCCGUGUGUGAAAAGUGCAAGAAAAUCGAACAAGUAAACCUUCGGCAAGCAAUCAGCAAAGAAAACAUAUCUCUAGAGAAAAGAUCUCAGGAAGCAAUCCCAACCGAAACGCAGUUUACAUAAUACCCAUCAAGAUGUCAACCUCGUCGAGCAACUCGAGUGCCGGGGCAGAGGAGCAGGCCCCAAGGAAGCCUGGCACUAGCAACGAGGAGAGCUCCCACCUGCUGGAGGCCGCCGAGAACGGUGCCAAAUAUGGCUCCCGCCAAGCGGAUCAGGAGAAUCUACUCGGCAACAUGGUGCACGCCUCCACCGAGAACAAGUCCAAGAAGCUGCCACAGUAUGUGGCCGCUCUGGCAGCAGCUGGCGGUGCCUUCGCCGCCGGUACCGUGCUGGGCUGGACAUCGCCCGCCCAACCGCAGAUCGUGGACGGUGGCGAGGGCUAUGACUUCCCCGUCAGCGGCACCCAGUUCUCGUGGGUGGGAUCGUCCAUAAAUUUGGGCGCCGCCUGCGUGUGCAUCCCCAUUGGGUUCCUCAUCAGUUUGAUUGGACGCAAGCUGACCAUGCUGAUGCUGGUGUUGCCCUUCCUCGUCGGCUGGGCCAUGCUCAUCUGGGCCCCAUCGGUGGGCUUCCUGUACGCCUCACGCUUCAUUCUGGGUCUCGCUGGCGGCGCCUUCUGUGUCACCGCUCCGAUGUACACGGGCGAGAUAGCCCAAAAGGAUAUCCGCGGCACGCUCGGCAGCUUCUUCCAGCUGAUGAUCACCAUGGGCAUUCUGUUCGUCUAUGCUGUGGGCGCCGGUGUCAGUGUCUUCUGGCUGAGCGUUAUCUGCGGCAUUAUACCCAUCGUUUUCGGCGUCAUUUUCUUCUUCAUGCCGGAAUCUCCCACAUAUUUGGUGGCAAAAGGUCGUUCGGAAAGCGCCAUCAAGUCCAUUCAGUGGCUGCGUGGCAAGGAAUAUGACUACGCACCGGAGAUCGAGGAGUUGCGCGAGACCGACCGGGAGAUACGGGAGAACAAGGUGAACCUUUUCGCAGCCCUCAAUCGCCCAGUGACCCGCAAGGCCUUGGCCAUCAGUCUGGGCCUGAUGUUCUUCCAGCAGCUGUGCGGCAUCAAUGCUGUCAUCUUUUACUCUUCAAAGAUCUUUUUGGAUGCCAACAUUGGCAUUGGCUCGGAAUGGGCCACAAUCAUGAUAGGCAUCAUGCAGGUGGUGGCCACCUUUGUCUCCACUUUGGUGGUGGACAAACUGGGACGUCGCAUCCUGCUGCUGGCCUCUGGAUCGGUAAUGGCCCUCUCGACGACCGCCAUUGGUGUGUACUUCUUUCUGCAGGAUCAGGAUCAAAGCAAGGUGGACGAUCUCGGCUGGCUGCCAGUGGCCAGUCUCUGCAUCUUCAUUUUGAUGUUCUCCAUUGGCUACGGACCGGUGCCAUGGCUGAUGAUGGGCGAGCUCUUUGCCACCGAUAUCAAGGGAUUCGCCGGCUCCAUUGCUGGUACCUCCAACUGGCUGCUGGCCUUUGUGGUCACCAAGACAUUCGAUGAUCUGAACGACGCUCUGGGCAAUGGCGGCACCUUCUGGCUCUUUGCCGGCCUCACCGUACUCGGGGUGUUCUUUGUCUUCUUUGCCGUGCCCGAGACGAAGGGCAAGAGUCUGAACGAGAUCCAGCAGGAGUUGGCUGGCAACAGGACCAUCGCCACCACCACCACCACCGCCACCACCACUCAGGCGGUGAACGGACAGGAAAAGUAA